GAAAGAAUUUCCGCGUCUCGUCUCCCCCAAUCUGAGCACAAGAGUCCAGGAUCGGAUCCGAACGUUGCCCAAUGGACCCGUAACAGCGCCCCUGUUCCUUCACAUGCGCAUGUCUGGCUAGAUCGUCGACGACAAGGACAGGACAAGAUGGCGACGUGGACCGAGUGCGGCCACAUCCUCGCCCACCACGGCCCGCUGGGCGUGCCCGUGACAUGCACCCAGUUCGACCAGCACUCGGAGCUGCUCUGGACUGGCUCGGCCUUUGGCCUCGUUGCGUCGCAUCUCGGGCCCAAUCUGCAGCGCUACACGCGAUGGAAGGCCCAUCCAGGCACGAGCACGGGCACGCGGGGCAUCCUCGUCGACGACAAGGCCGUCUACAGCGUCGGCGAGGGCGGCGUCAAGGCGGCGACGAGAAACGGCCUGACGCGGUGGCAGUCCUUUGCCGCCGCCAAGGACCUGCCGCCCCGCGAUGGCAGCGGCGGCAGCGGUGGCGAGCAGAAGCAACAGCAACGGCUGGCCUCGAUGUGUUUCUCGCCCUCGUCGGCAUCGGACAUUGUCGUCGGCGGCGACGCGGCCCUCGCAUGCAUCCACUCGGGCACCGGCUCGCUGAUGCGGAGCAGCCCGACCGACUCGCCCGUCGUCUCGGUCAAGAAGUCGGCCAAGCUCAUCUGCGCAGCCACGUCGGCGGGUCACAUCCAGCUGCGCGACCCGAGGAGCCUGCAGCUCGAGCACCGGCUCCAUGCCCACCCAGGCGGCGUCAUUGACAUGCAGGCCGACGCCCACUACGUCUACUCGAUUGGAUGGACUGUGCGUCUGGGCCACCCGGUCGCCGAGCCGCUGGUCAAGGUGCACGACGUGCGGACGAUGCGUGUCCUCGUCCAGCUCCCCUUUGCCGCGCCCGGUGGGCCAGCACUGAUGACGGUGCAUCCCAAGCGGUCCACCACCGUCGUCGUCGCGGCCGCCCAGGGCCAGUUCCAGAUCGUCGACAUCAACAGCCCGGGCCAGUCUACGUUUGUGCACAUUGCCAACGACUCGUCGACGCCCCUCACGUCGAUGGCCAUGUCGCAGUCGGCCGACUACCUUGCCUUUGGCCUCGCCGAUGGCUCGCUGCGGCUGUGGAGCAGCAGCCCUUCGGCGUCGCGUUUCAACCCCUUUUCCACCCCGGCGCCCGAGGGGCCUGACCUCAUCGACCCCCCCGCCGUGGUCAACUGGACGACGGAGACGCCGCUGUCGAUCAUCGGCGUGCCCUACUACGACUCACCGCUGCUCUCGGCCAUUCCUUACGAGCGCUACACGUCGUCCAGCUCGCCGCUGUUCAACAUGCCGACAAAGAUCGACGGGACCAUCCUGGGCAACAUGCGCACCCACGACAACAUCGGCUAUGCGUCCCUGCCCCGACAGCUUCGUGGACGAAGAAACGUGGUCCUGCCCACGAACAACUCCUCCAUGACGGGCUCCUCGCGGCGGAGACGCGUCGGCGUGCCCCUGUUUCGAAGCGAGAAGCGUGGCCAAGAGGGCGGCAACGCAGCAGCAGCAGCAGCGGACCAGAAGCAGAAACAGACACCGACUGCGCACGACGAGGGUGCAGAGGCAGCGAUGCCGAGCUACUACCGCGUAAAGACAAUCGAGUACAGCAAGUUUGGCGUCGAGGACUUUGACUUUGGCUUCUUCAACCAGACGCACUACUCGGGCCUCGAGACGCACAUCCACAACUCGUACGCAAACGCAUACCUCCAGGCGCUCAACUACCUCGUUCCCUUUCGCCACCUCGCCGAGACGCAUGCGAUCGAGGGCCGCGACUGCCAGCGCGACGAGUGCCUGCUGUGCCAGGCCGGCUUUUUGUUCAAGAUGCUGCAGGAUGCCCACGGUGCAAAUUGCCAGGCCACGAACUUCUUACGUGCCUUUGGCGCCUCGGACCGCGCUGCUGCGCUUGGUCUUAUGGACAAGGACGACAGCCCAAGCUCGGAUGCGGCGUACAGCAACCUGAUCCAGACGCUCAAUCGCUUCCUCCUCGAUGCUGUGUCCGACGACGACGGCAAGGGCGCUGUGCGGCGCCUGUUUGAAAAUGCGCUGGCGACGAGAACGACGUGCACCAACUGCGGCGCCUCCGUCGACCGCGAGGCCCACUCGCUCGUCGUCGACCUCACCUAUCCCAGGCGGGUCCUGUCCAACGAGCUCGCCCCUCCGUCUGACUUUGCCUCUGUCCUGCGCGGCUCGCUGCUGCGUGAGACGCACGUCAAGGCGCCCUGCCGAUCGUGCCAGACGCCCGCCUCAAUGCUGCGAAGCCGGCGCAUUCUGCCCGAGACGGAUCAGCUGCCUGCGUCGCUGAGCAUCAACUGCGCCGUCCACACGGCCGAACACCUCUCCUUUUGGCUCGGCGGCACGCCCCAGCAGCCGUCGUCUGCCUACCUGCCGCCGCAGCUCUCGCUUAGCGUGCAGGGCGAACAGGUCCGUGCCAAGGGCCAGUGGACCGAGGAGGACAAGGCACAGGAGGAGCAGGCGUCUUCAGUGCAGGCCAUCUACACGCUUCGCGCCAUCGUGGUGCAGGUCCAGGCUGACAAGGACGUGCCCCACCUGUGCGCCCUCAUCAAGGUGCCUGGCGCCCAGUGGCACAUCUUCAACGACUUUCUCGUCAUGCCCAUCUCUGAGGCCGAGGCGCUGAGCUUCCCGGGGCCGUGGAAGAUUCCAGCCGUCCUGUUCUACGAGCGGACCGACAGAGAGGCGCCUGCCGCCAGUGACAGUCCCAAGGACCAGGACGCCGACAUUCUCUGCCACGACAUGUCCAUCUCUGCCCAUCGGGAUCCGGAGCUGAUCCGGCACAGUGUCCUCACCCCCGACGAGAUUCCGUCCAAGGGUGACCUCGUGGCCAUUGACUCGGAGUUUGUUGCCUUGAACCAGGAAGAGCUCGAGCUGAGGUCUGACGGCUCUCGCCGGCUCAUUCGUCCCAGUCGAUUGACGCUGGCCCGCGUGUCUGUUUUGCGCGGCCAGGGACCCAAGGAGGGCGAGGCAUUCGUCGACGACUAUAUUCGCACGCGCGAAAAGAUUGUCGACUAUCUCACCCAGUUCUCGGGCAUUGAAACGGGUGACUUGGACCCCGCAACAUCAAAGCACACGCUGGUCCCACUCAAGGUCGCCUACAAGAAGCUCCGCGUCCUCGUCGACCGGGGCUGCGUCUUUGUCGGACACGGCCUCAGCAAGGACUUUCGCAUCAUCAAUAUCCAUGUGCCCCCCUCGCAAGUCAUUGACACCGUCGAUCUGUACCACUCGUCGACACACCCACGCAAGCUCUCGCUGCGCUUUCUUGCCUGGUUUCUCCUCAAGCAGGACAUCCAGGGGCCCUCCAACAUGGCCGAGGGCCACGACUCGAUCCAGGACGCCCUCGCUGCGCUCAAGCUCUAUCGCCUCUACCAGCAAUUUGAGCGAGAGAAUCGCUUGGACGAUGUCCUGGAGGACCUGUACGAGGCGGGCAGAAUUCACGGGUGGAAGCCUCCCUCGGCGGCCCCUCCAACAGCAGCCAAGAUGCCUACCCUCUCCACUUCGGACAACGAGGUCUUUACCGUCGAGCGCGACGUCGCCGAGCGCUCGGUCCUCAUCAAGCAGAUGCUCGACGACCUCGGAGACUCGGAUGUGCCCAUCCCGCUCCCCAACGUCACCUCGAACGUCUUGAAGAAGGUGCUCGACUACUGCUCGCACCACCGCGCCGACCCGCCGCCACCGGCCGACGAGGCCGAGGAGUCGCGCAAGCGCACGACGGAGAUCUCGGACUGGGACAGCAAGUUCAUCCAGGUCGACCAGGAGAUGCUGUUUGAGAUUAUCCUCGCGGCCAACUACCUCGACAUUAAGCCCCUGCUCGAUGUGGGCUGCAAGACAGUCGCAAAUAUGAUCAAGGGAAAGACGCCAGAGGAGAUCCGGAAGCUGUUCAACAUUGCCAAUGACUUUACCGAGGAGGAAGAGGCCCAGAUCAGGAAGGAGAACGAGUGGGCCGAGGACCGCUAGAGCCUUAUGCUUCCUUUUCCCAUUCCACAAGCAGUGUGGACGUGUAAAGUAGAACAUGACCUUCCAUCACCAAGGAUCUCCACAUCGCUGUCGUCUUG